GUUGCUCAGCCGGAGCCUAGGAUUGUCAGAGGACCCCAUAAAAGGACUCUCCAUCAUGGUGAUUGAGGAGUGGAAGAAGAGUGGCAUUGCCACCAAGUUCCCAACAUACCGAAAUUCCGCUUUGGUCACUACACACAGUUGGCAGAAAGGGAAGCGCGAGGACGAUCAGGCGGAAGGACUAUGGCGCAUAAACGAUGGCAUCUACGACUUUACGGAGUUCAUUGACAAGCAUCCUGGCGGUUCCUUUUGGAUACGCGAGACGAAGGGCACCGAUAUUACGGAGGCCUUUGAGGCGCACCAUCUGACCACGGCUCCCGAGAAGAUGAUCGCCAAGUACUGGGUGAGAGAUGCUGCGGAGCCUAGGAUCUACACAUUGACCCUUGAUGAGGGUGGGUUCUACAAGACCCUCAAGGAGCGGGUGCGUAAGGAGCUGAAAACCAUCGACAAGACACCAAAGCGCAAGAGUGAUUUAAUCCACUUCGGCGUGCUAGUGUCCUUGUUCCUGUUUGCGAUCAUCAGUGCCAAGUACAAGAGUUUGGUGGCUUUGAUCCUGGCGGGUGUAGCGCUCUGCUGGACCGUGAUAGUAUCGCACAACUACUUCCAUCGUCGCGACAAUUGGCAGAUGUACGCCUUCAACCUGGGCCUGAUGAACUUCGCUUCCUGGCGCGUCUCACAUGCCAUGUCCCACCACAUCUAUCCCAAUUCGUAUAUGGACCUGGAGCUGUCCAUGUUCGAGCCACUGCUCUGCUGGAUUCCCAAUCCACAAAUCAAGAGCAAGGCCAUGCGUUACGUGUCCUGGGUGACGGAGCCGGUGGCCUAUGCCCUGGCAUUUUUCAUACAGAUUGGCACUCGAAUUUUCUACUCGUUCCGCCACACGAAUAUCAUGUACUGGCACGAUCUGCUGGCGCUUAGCAUACCCCUUUCCAUCUACCUGGGCACGGGCGGUACUGUGGGCCUGCUUUCCUGUCUGCGCACAUGGUUGGCAAUGACGUCGAUAGCUAGCUUCAGCUUCUGCCUUAUCGGACUGAAUGCGGCGCAUCAUGAUCCGGAAAUCUAUCAUGAGGGAGAUACGAAUCGAGAGGAUCGCGACUGGGGCCUAUUCCAGGUGGACACGAUCAUCGAUCGCGGUGAUCUCAAGGGGUCGCAGUUCUUGGUCCUCACCCACUUCGGCGAUCACGUGCUUCACCAUCUUUUCCCUACCCUCGAUCAUGGUCUCCUGCCAGCCCUCUAUCCGGUGCUCCUCCAAACUCUCGACGAGUUUAAGGGUCACCUGCGCGAAUGCAAUCACAUUGAGCACAUGAUUGGACAGCACAAACAGCUGUUGCGCAUCCAACCCAAUCCUAAGCCACCCGGUGCGGGAAAGAAAGAAAUUUAGAUGAUAUUUUAUCCAUCAAUAUCUUUAGAUAUGUAUGUACAUAUGAGGUUGCAGUCAUAGACUGUAAAUUGUACAGUCGUUGUAAAUCAAUAAAUCAAUCAAUUUUAGGAAUAUA